AUGAAGGUGCAAUCGAACGGAGUUGUGAUUACAGAGGCCAAAUCACGCGUUGUUUCCCCCAACGAAGGGAGCAAAACCAAUGCGGUACUUGUGCAAUCUCAGUUGAAAGGUGUCAAUAAAGUAAUUCUGUCGGAAGGAGUGGCAAUUCCGGCUCGAUCGGAAAUGGUAAUUGAAGGUAAGAUACAGGCGAAAGAUAUUUCACAGGUUGACAUGAUAUCAGCUAGUCAGGCAGAUAGUGUUAGACACUUACAAGGAUUACAUGUAGCUCAUUUAGUUGUCACCCCUGUUGGUAAAACCGUACCAGUCCGAAUAGCUAAUACUACAACGGAAUUUUGUCCCAUACUUGAGCAGGAAGCCGUUGCCAACAAUAAAUUUCCGGUUAAUUGUAAUGCCGUGCAAGCAGAUAAUCUUGGGCAGAAAAUCGAUUCCCGUUUAGAUGCGGGUUUAAGUAACUCCGAAAAACAACAAGUAAAACAAGUAUUAGGCGAGUUUAAAGAACUAUUUAGCGACACAAUUGGCCAAACCAACAUUGCACAUCAUAAAAUUGACACCGGUGAUAACCCGCCGAUUAGGCAACGUGCCAGGCGAAUGCCAUAUGCAUUUCGCGAAGAAUCUAACAAGCAAAUUGAAGACAUGUUAGGUAAGGGAAUAAUCAGUCCUAAUACCAGCCCAUGGGCUAGCCCAAUUGUCUUGGUUCGCAAAAAGUCAGGCGAAUUACGUUUUUGUAUUGAUUACCAUAGACUUAACCAGAUUACACGCAAUGACGCACAUCCUCUGCCAAGGGUUGACGAUUUACUUGACUCGGUUGGGAAUGCGAAGUAUUUUACCACACUAGGCCUCAAAAGCGGCUACUGGCAAAUUCCCGUUCACCCUGAUGACC